CUGAAAUCAAAACAAGAUGGCUGGAGCAAGACAGGCAUUUGCCCAGUUUUUUGCCAAAGACAAGGUUUGUUGUUAUAUGUGUUGAUUUUGUAGUCUAAAAGGAUAUGAUACUUUAUUCUGUAACUGCAAGAAGAAAUCAAGGUACUUAUUUUUAAUUGAAUGGGAUCCUCAGAGCCAUUAAUAUCUUCAACACUGGCCAUUUAAUUUUUGAAAUACAUCAUUUCAUACUUACUCAACAGCAAGAAUAAGAGUAAAAGUAAAGUACCAGACUCAGACCUGUGGACCUGUUCAGACUUAUGAUUUUGAAGUGUAUACAUUAUAUAUACUUAUGUUUAUUUUUUACUAUUAAGAUAAUGUAUUGAACAAUUUUGUGAUGAUACGGUACGAUUUUAAGAAUUUGAGGGUAAACAGGUCUGAAGUUACUGACUGAAGUACUCUGAACUGAACUGAGACUUUAACUUAAACUAGCUAGGCCUACAUACUACAUACAUAUCACACGGACAAUAAUAGACUAAUUUAAGACUGAUAUAUUUUAUUAUUGAAAAUAUGACAUCAAAUUGAAAUCGACUGUGGUAUUCUUAAAAACUUAAGCCUAAGCCCUUAGAAUUAUGUACAAAAUGCCAAAAUAUUUAUUUCGCUGCUGCUCUUCGGACCCAGGUUCCUUUACUUUAGACUAAAUGAAUGGUAGGCACUUCGAUAUAGUCCGGGAAACGCCCCACCCCAAUUCAUUAUUUGUGGGACACAUUAUUUAUUAUAUGUAAUGAUAUUUUAAUGUAUAUUAUGAUUCUUAAUAGAUUAAAUAAAAAUGUAAAAAAAAUAGUCGCAUUUAAUAUUGAUAUUGAAAUAUCCUAUAUUUAAUCACAUACCACAAUAUUUCACAAGAGAAUUAUUACAUAAGCCUUGGUAUUCUCAAAGAAAACACACACUUUCUGCCACAAUAAUCAAAGAAUUACUUAAGAUAUUACUAAAGAUCAAUCAUAAAAACUUAAACUUACCUCAAGCAAAUGACUAGAACUUAUUUUAAUUUCUAUCAACCACCAAAGUUGAUUUUAUCAAUGCAUGUUGAUUUGUGAAACAAGAUUACUAACUUGAAAAAAAAUGACAUACUAUUUUCAUAUUCAGGCAUUCAUAUGAUAUGGGACUAAAAUACAUAUGUAGAAAAUUUUAAAAUAAAAAGUGAAAUCGUAAAUUUUAACUGACUAAAUGAAACAAAUAAUCCCUUUAUACUUAUAAAUGUUAAACAAUUCCACAGAAAUUUGAAAUUAAUUUCUAAAUAAUAUUAUAAUUAUUAUUAUUUUAGGGAAAUUUUUUUUUUUUUAAUUUAACAAAAUUAAUUUAUUAAUUUCAAAUAAAUGACCAGUCGGCAUAUUUUAUACAUUUUUAAUAUUAAUUUUAGCAAUCAAGAUUUUUUUUUUUUUUUUUGCGGAACAUUAACAAAAACUAAGUGAUUUUUUGUGGCUUUAUUUAGUAGUACUUUUAUUAUUAAUUUCAAAUAAAUGACCAGUCGGCAUAUUUUAUACAUUUUUAAUAUUAAUUUUAGCAAUCAAGAUUUUUUUUUUUUUUUGCGGAACAUUAACAAAAACUAAGUGAUAUAUUGUGGCUUUAUUUAGUAGUACUUUUAUAUAACUAUGUCUCCUGUAAAUAUUAUUCAAAAAAAUUUUCAUCAAAGUGCCUAAUGAAUGGCUAUUCGGAUAUAAUUUUUGGUAGUUUAUUUUAGUUAAACUGAAGAAUUAAGUUUACAUACUUAUAUAGUCCGUUCAAUUAUCGUUUAUUUGAUACCAAAUUUUAUCUUUAAAAACUCAACAAUAAUAUUUUUUUUAAACCGGACCUCUAACUCUUUUCUGGGUCUAAAUAGCCACUUCAUAUUUAUAUUGUAUGGGCCUACAAAGUUAAAAAGAGACACACACACACACACACCCUCCCCCCAGACUAGUGGCUAUGCCUCUAAAUAAAGUCUAAGGCAGGCUAAAGCCUAAGCCCUAAAUCAAUCUAAACUAAACCUAAUGAUAGCCUAAUGAGUGUAACAAUUCAAUAGUGGAUUCUGGACCUAGCCUUGUGACUGGAAUUACUUCCUAGGAAGUCCUCCCCAUUUCCAAAAAAUUGCUUGAAAUGGGACAUUUGAAGACAUAAACUAUAAUCAGUUAUAGGUACUGUGGUAAAGCAAGAGAGACUACUAAAAAAAUGGGAAAUGGGUGACAGCGGACAAAAAUACAAGCUUUUUGAUAUUUGUGCUAUUUCAUUCAUAAAAGAAUUACUAUAUCCCACAUUUGUGUUCCUUUUCCAGCCUUUUACUAGGGGUGGGGGGUUUGGUGUUGUUGUGUCAUGUAGAUAGAAUUUUUUUUUACUCUAUGUUUAGAAGUCUUCUAUUUUCUUUGUUGAUAUAAGGCGUUAAAUUAAUAAAUCUAAAAGUGGAAACUUUGAUGGUUUGAUAUGCUAAAAUAUACUUAUCAGCAUCACAUUUCCCUUUAAAAGAAAGAAUUAUGCCACAUUUAUUUAAAAUCGUACAGUGAAUUAAAAUUUUCAAGGCUUUAUUAUUUCCUUGAUAAUUAAUUAUUGUAUUAAUUAUAUAAAUAAUAUUACCUUACAGACAUUUAAACCUAAGAAAAGAUUUGAGAGUGGAACCCUUAAAUAUAAUCUACAUAAACAAGCAAAUGCUUCUCUCAACUCUGGUAUUGAUUUGAAGGAAGUUGUAAAGUUGCCACCUGGAGAGGAUGUUAAUGACUGGAUUGCUGUACAUGGUGAGACAGAGGCGUAGCAAAAGUGUUUGGCACUCAGGGACUAGAUUCGCGCCCAGGGAUAAGAUUCAUUUUAAAGCAUCCCAUUUUCUUUCUUUCAACUCUCAAACCCAUUAUUUUCGUCAAUAAAAUAAUAUCAAAGCAUUUUGGCGCCCCUAAAUAGCUGGUGCCCGGGCCCUGCUUUACUAAGCCUCUUUGGUGAGAACGCCCUUUUUGGCAUUUGAAGUGAUAUAAAGAUUCUAAUUUUGAAAUUUAGCAUCAAAUGGUUGAGAUUUGAUUUUCUUUCUUCUUAGCCUUAAAUUGUAGUUAUAUUGUCUUAACUUUGAAAAUAACUACAUUAAAAAUCCCAUUCAAUGGGCAUAUAUGAAUUUUUUUCCAAAAAAUCAUUUGCAUAGAUUAUAUAGCAGUAAUUAUUUUGAUAAUCUCAUGUUAUGUAACUUAAGAAUUCAAUUUUACUGUUUAAAAAAUGUAAAGCAAUACUUGAUUUAAAAUAAUCAUUCAUUAUAAUAUUCCCCAGUUGUUGAUUUUUUUAACCGGAUUAACUUGUUGUACGGCACUAUAUUUGAACACUGCACAGAGCAAACAUGCCCAACCAUGUCUGGUGGUCCAAAGUAAGUAUCAUAAAAUUUCAAAUUUUCAAAUCCUACAUUAAUCUGUUCAUGAUUGCUUUUUUUUUUUUGCCUGUAGCAAUAAGUUUUCGUUAUGAUAUAUUCAAGAAUUAUUAUUUUCAUUUCGCUUGGUGUAUUUUGCCUGUGUUAUACAAAGUGUUUAGCUAGAUGUUUCAUUAUAUCAGAAUUCUUAGCCUCUCACACACAUGGUAGUGCACCUCAUAUGCAACAUUUACUGGGUCGAUGUGCUGUUUUUCUGAAUUGUUAUAGACUGCUUUCAAAUCUUGUGUACUGCGCAGUUUCCAUAUGUGUUUUGACUCACACAUACCCUUAUAUGCAUAUGCUUAGCUUCUAUUCAUGGGUCUUCUUUAGCCUUUAAUUUUUCACAGCCAUUCUUGAUGUAGCACUUGUAACUUAAGUAUUUCUGUUGCGCAUGGAUUUGAAUCAUGACUUAUGGCCUUUUCAAUCUUGAUUAUUAUCCACUCAUAUGAUUAAUACUGUACUAGUUUAAAUAACUAGUAAUUAUUUAUAAGUUAAAAGCUUGCAUUUAAUUUUAUGGAAUCAAAAUCCUUGAUAGCUAGUAUUCAAUAAAAAUUCUGCUUGUCAGUAAAAUGUUAACAAAAAUUUUGAUUUAUUAACUAAAGAUACGAGUAUCAUUGGUGUGAUGGUGUGAACUAUAAGAGGCCAACAGCACUUCCUGCUCCUCAAUAUAUCACACUCUUAAUGGAGUGGGUAGAAGCACAGAUCAAUGAUGAGAACCUGUUUCCUGUUCAAAUUGGUCAGUUAAAUUACAUACAAUGUUAUUUCAUAGGCAUUUGAUCUGUUUUUCUUUCUCUUAGUUUCUACGGUAAGUUGUACCAUUCAUUCUAAUUAUUUUUUAAAUAAUGUACGGUAAUGAAUCUAAAAAUGUUAAUUUUUUUUUUAUUAUUACUCUAAUUGAAAAUGAUUUUAAAAUCUUUAUCAACGUUCAAUAAACAGAGCAUUCCUCUAUAUAAAUAACUGUGGCUUUAAAUAAUUUCUAUUUUAAUUUUUAAAACUCUUUUUUCCUUCCAGGUAAACCUUUUCCAAAGAACUACCUGGGUAUAGCCAAAAAAAUACUGAAAAGAUUGUUUAGAGUUUUUGUUCAUGUUUACAUACACCAUUUUGAUAAGCUUUUGGCCAUUGGAGCUGUAAGUUCUGCAUUAUAGUGUGUUCUUAAUUUAAAUACAAUUAUUAUAAGCUGUAAGAGCUGUUAAGUGAAGAAAGCUUAUUUUUAAACAUCAGUUUAGCAGAAUCCAAUGCAUUAUUCACAUACAGUGAUUAGAAGUGUUUUGGACUGUUUUUCACAAUAGUCAAGCAAGAUUAUCUAUCAGAGAAUAAAUAUAAAUGCUGCUUGUAUAAUUUCAAUGAAAUUCAAAAUCUUUUAUUCUCUUAUUGAAAUUCAGUCUACACAAGUCUACAGUUCUUCCAUUUCCAUGCUUUGUUUUUUGUACGCCAAUUAUCUGCCCUAAUAAGCUACACAUUUAUUUUAAAUUGUCCACACUAUGUAAGGAAUUGCUUAAGAUAAAUUGAUCUAAUUAUUUUGAAUACAACAGAAUUCUGAGGAAUGCGUUUUUGAUAGAGCUAUUUUCUAAAUUUCAGGAAGCCCAUGUUAACACAUGUUACAAACAUUUUUACUACUUCGUUACUGAGUACAACCUUAUUGACAAGAAGGAACUAGAACCUUUGGUAUGUUAAAUGUUUGCUUGUGGUUUUGUUUUUUUAAGUCAUAAUAAUUUAAGAUUUUUAAACAGUAAACAAAAAUUAUAGCAUUAAUUAAUAUUAUCAAUAUCAUGCUUUUACUAUUUUGAGUGUAUUUAUUUUUCAGAGAGAUAUGACAGAAAGAAUUUGCCACUGAACUUCAAGAUACCUCCUGCUAGAUAACAUUUUUUAUUAGAACUAGAAAAAAAUAUUAUUAUCAUGGAACAAAAGUUUUUGUUUUCUUUGUAAACUUUAUAGAAACGGAAGAAUUUUAAAAUUUCUUAGUCAUUCCAUUUAUUUUUAUUUAUUUUUUUUUAAAUAUGUUCUUGGAAAAAUUAGUGUAAUUAUAAUUCUUUUAGUUAUGUUUUUUUGUUCAACCUUCAUUCUUCAUGACUGUGUUAUCCUUUUCACUUCACACUCUACCCAGCAGUGCUUCAAAUCUGAGUAGCUGUUUAGCUACUUCAGACGCAAAUUAUCUUAAAUGUUCCGCAAGUAUUCUUCAACUCGUGAAGUACAUUAUUUUAUCAUUUUAAAAAAAGCAGAACCGUUGUGUUCUAGAGUAAAGAGGUGAAUUUACAAAGUAUCUUAAAAGUAUCUUUAUCAAGUUUUAUCCAUACUUGUUCCCUCCACAAAACUGUUUAUCUAAGAUGCUUUGUUGAAAUGUUAACUUAUCAAUGUCCUCAUUCAUUGUAGAAAAAUUGCAUAGCAUGUAUUUUUUAUUAUCAUAUUGGGUUUUGUUUUUGUUAAACAAUGUAUUAAUCCAUUUAGUUUAGUGUGUGAACAUUUAUUUUUGGGUGGUUUGUUUUUUUUAGCAUUUCGAACAAAACCAAUUCCCCAUGUAAUUUUGACCAAAGGAGAUUUAAUGCAGAGGUGUAACUAAUGGUACCUUACCUUUCAGAAUGCUAUUUGUGCCUAUUAAACUUUUUUGCUACCGGGUAUUGCUGUUUUAUUUCAUGUCAGUUUAGAGUAAAUAUUUAUGUCAGCUUCCUAAAGUCUUUCCAUAAACUAUGAGGCCAAUUUUAUUAAUUAUUGUGUAGGAAAUUGCAGCGUAUUAACAAUAUGUGACUAGAUUGAGCAAUCUUUUUUUUUUUACUUCCACAAGAAAUAGUGCACAAAAAUUUGAAUUAGUGAUAGUAUUCAAUUUUUCCUUUGUAAAUACAAAGCAUUUUUUGGUAUGUAGGGUUGAUGCUGAAACAAAGUGUUGUUUUAAGUUGCAGAUCAUUUUUAAUAAUUUUAAUUUAAAAUAAAAUCAACUGAAUUACCAUAGUUUAUACCCUUGGUCUAUUGGGAAAGGCUAUUUUGGGUCGAGAUAAAUUACUCAUCUUAAAGAGUUUUACAGUAGUUUAAAAAAAAUUUAAGCAUAUUGAUUUAAAACUAAAGCUUAAAAUAUGUUGCAUGUAAAGACAUUAAUUUAAUCACCAUUAAGUUCUGCUGUACUUAACAUUUAUUUCUAAGUUUUGUAUGUGUUAAAAUAAAGAUUAAACUCUCAUUUUUCAAUUAGUCACCUGUAAACGUAUGGUUUUAACAUCUAAAAAUUGGUCCUAUUUCUUCAGUGACCACACUAAAUAAUAUUUAUGCUCUGUGUGACUUUUAUAUGUCAGUUCAACCAUUGGAAUUAAGACUUUUAUUAAGAGACAAAUAAAAAUCAUCACUGAACUUGUACAUGCAGAAGCUCAUUAAACUUAAUAUGCACUGUUUUUAAGUUUCUUUGAAUAACAUGAAUUUCUUGCAAAUUUUUUAUAACCUUGAAUUAUACAAUACUAAUAUUUUGUUUUUGUCAAUAAAUGCUAGUCAGAAAUUCAUUUGGUUUGCCUCUAUCCAAAAUUGAUGUGCUUGUACAUAAUAUAUUUUAAUUACUCAUGUUUAUCAUGCAUUGUACAACUCGCUUCAAUAUUUAAAUGUCCAUUUUUAUUUCAAAAAUAAACUUCGCAAUGCUAUGAAUUUUUUCAACUGAAACUUAUUUCGAUUCUAACAAUACAUUAUUAGAUAUGCAUGAUUAAGUUUUAAGAAAACAAAAUCAUUCAGUAAAGCAGUUGUAUAUUUUCUAGUUUUUGCAACAAAAAAAGCCAUAUUUUGUCAAAGCCAUGCUAUUUUACACUCAUCCAUUUUAAAGUGGUGUAGUCCUGCCAAUUACAAUGUAUGCACUUAAAUAAAUGUAUUUUAUAUACAACAAAAACUUGUUCACUUUUAUUUUUUAUUUACUUUAAUUUUUAGCACAUACAUAAAAU